AUGGAUCCAGGGUUUAAUUUAAAGUAUGAGAAUCCUGUAAGGAAAGCCAAUUUUUUCUCAAAAUCAUUUUUUAUAUGGAUGAUAAGAUUAUUUAGAAAAGGCUCAAGUAGAGGCCUUAAAGUGCAAGAUUUAUACAAAACAUUACCAACAGAUCAAUCAGACCAUCUUGGAGAUGUUUUGGAGGGCAAUUGGAACGAAGAAAUAGCAAAGGCAAAGGCGAAAAACAAAAAACCUAGUCUUAUUAAAGCACUGGCCAAAACAUAUCUAGGCAAAUACAUGUGUUGGGGUGUGGUUAUGUUUAUACAAUAUGCUAUAAUAAGACCUGUACAGCCAAUGAUUUUGGCACAGUUAUUGAUGUUGUUCACGAGUUAUGCACCCAAAGAUGGUGGUGUUAUUAGAGAUAUGUAUCUCUAUGGUAGCGGUGUUGUAGGUUUUUCCGUAAUUCUUAUAUUUAUGGUACAUCACUCAAAUUAUGGUCAAACCAGAAUUGGUAUGAGGAUAAGAGUUGGGGUUUCAUCUUUGGUUUACAGAAAAUUAAUGAAACUGAAUAAAUCAGCCCUUAAAAACACAGCUGCAGGUCAGGUUGUGAACCUUCUCUCCAACGAUGUAAACAGAUUUGAUUUGGUGGUCCUACAAAUGCACUUUUUGUGGAUAAUGCCUUUCCAGAUAGGUCUUGUGACCUUCUUCAUUUGGCAGAAAGUGGGCAUAUCAACGUUGGCUGGCGUAGUAAGCAUGGUACUCUUCACCAUACCUGGACAAGGUUAUCUUGGUAAAGUAACAUCAAAUCUGCGAAGAAAAAUCGCUUCGAAAACUGAUAGAAGAGUUGUACUUAUGAACGAAGUAAUAUCAGGUAUACAAGUUAUUAAAAUGUAUGUUUGGGAAAAACCGUUCGAAAAACUCAUCCACUGGGCGAGAAACACCGAAAUUAACAGUUUAACCAAGUCAGCAUACCUACAAGGAAUUUAUUUGAGUUCUAUGGUGUUCAUAGAACGAGCCACGUUGUUUUUGACAUGCGUUUGUUUCGUACUAACAGGGAAUGUCUUAACGGCCGACAUAGUUUUCCCAAUGGCGCAAUUCUUCAACAUACUCCAGAUGGCGAUGGCUAUGUUAUACCCAUCCGCUAUAACCUACAGUGCUGAAAGUUUGGUAGCUAUAAGACGUCUCGAGAAAUUUUUAUUCCUCGAUGAAAAGCAGGAAGCCGAUCUUAAACACACCAACGAUGGUAGCUUGGUAGUGUCAAACGUGGAUGCAGAGUGGGUGAAAGGAAACACCACGUUGGAAAAUAUUUCGUUUACUGUACCCAAAGGAUCCUUAUGUGCUAUUAUAGGUCCUGUAGGUUCCGGAAAGACUACAUUGUUGCAGCUGUUUUUAGGAGAGUUGAUACCAAAGACUGGCAAAAUUAGCAUUGGGGGUGAAAUAUCAUACUCAUCUCAAGAAGCCUGGCUUUUUUCAUCUUCUGUAAGAAACAACAUUCUAUUUGGUUUGGAGUAUAAUUAUCUACGAUAUAAACAAGUUAUUAAGGUUUGUGCCCUGGAAAAAGACUUCAAACAGUUCCCACAAGGCGAUAAAACCGUCGUAGGAGAAAAAGGUGUCUCUCUAAGUGGUGGUCAAAGAGCUAGAAUUAAUCUAGCUCGUGCUAUAUACAGACAAGCCGAUAUAUAUUUACUUGAUGAUCCAUUAUCAGCGGUUGAUACUCACGUUGGACGUCACCUAUUCGACAAAUGCAUAUCCAGACAUUUAAAGGGCAAAACCAGGGUUUUAAUAACUCACCAACUGCAGUAUCUUAAAUCGGCUGAUCAUAUUAUUGUUCUGGAUGAGGGAAGGAUCGCAGCUCAAGGAACAUUCGAGGAAUUAUCAGACAGCAAUUUGGACUUCACCAAGCUUCUAAUAGCUUCAGAUGAACAGCAAGAUAAACCUGAAGAACCCGUGGUGGAAAAAUCUUUGUCUAAAAGGAGGUCCAGUAAAAGUUCUGCCAUAUCAAGCUUGAUAACCGACUCCAUGGAAAUGGAAGUACAGGGAAGCAUAGAUAAUGAAAUCCAAAUAUUCAGGGACUCAUCUUGUAAAGAUGAAAAGAGCUAUAUCUCUGACAGUUUUGAAAUGGAGCUAAAGGAAUCCAACGUGGUGGAGGAGGAGGAAGUUAUGGGCGAUUUAUCACCAUUCAAAGAAUACUUUAAAGCAGCUGGUAGCAAAUGUGCAUUAAUAUUACUUGUUAUAACACUCAUAUUGGGUCAAAUCGCUUCUUCUGGGGCUGAUUACUGGGUAACCUACUGGACCCAACAGGAAGCCAUAAGGCACGCCAAUGGGAGCAUAUUAAAGGUAGACGAACCCAGUAUGGUUUUAUACGACACAUUUUUAAACGGCAACUUGACGGAAAGUACCUCAAUGAAAACGAAUGUAGCCAUAUACAUUUACACCAUCUUUAUCAUCGGUUCUAUAGUUUUUACUUUGAUGAGAGCUUUCUUGUUCUUUAGCUUGUGCAUGAGGGCAUCGAGGAAUCUCCACAAAAAGAUGUUCAAUUGUUUGUUAAAGGCGCCGAUGAGGUUUUUCGAUACCAACCCCACUGGAAGAAUUUUAAAUAGGUUUUCUAAGGAUAUAGGGGCUAUCGAUGAGUUGUUACCCAGGGUUAUGAUCGUAGCUUUACAAAUUACAUUGGUGAUGAUAGGUAUUUUGGUUAACGUAUCCAUAUCAAAUCCGCAUGUAAUUAUAGCUGUGAUUGUAUUGGGUAUACUUUUUAUUUUAUUGAUGAAUUGUUACAUUGCCACAACUAGGGCUAUCAAACAUAUUGAAGGAAUAACUAAAUCACCCAUGUUUUCCCAUGUUAACUCAUCUUUAAACGGUUUAACCACCAUAAGAGCUUCAAAGGCACAACAAACGCUUAUAAAUGAGUUUGAUCAUCACCAGGAUGUUCACACUUCUUCCUGGUUCCUGACAAUAUCCUGUGUGGUGUCUUUUGGCCUAUGGUUGGACAUCAUAUGCGUAAUUUUUGUGGCCUGCGUUACCUACAGUUUUGUAUUUUUGGCUUCAACAACUGAAGUAAAUGGCAGCUUGGUGGGUCUUGCCAUAUCCCAAUCCUUAAUCCUAACGGGCAUGUUGCAAAACGGCAUGCGACAAACUGCCGAAGUUAUAAAUCAGCUUACAAGCGUCGAGAGGGUGUUGCAUUACACAAAAAUAGAUCAAGAAGGCCCCUUUGAAACUGAUGAGCAUACAAGACCGUCGAAAUCCUGGCCCGAUAAAGGCGAUGUCAGGUUUAUAAAGCUAUAUCUGAAGUAUGUUGAAAGUGACCCCCCUGUUUUGAAGAACCUUAACAUAGAUAUCCAUCCAGGAGAAAAAAUUGGUAUAGUUGGCAGAACUGGAGCAGGUAAAUCAUCCCUUAUAACAGCCCUGUUCAGACUGUCGCCAAUAGAAGGAAACCUGAUAAUAGAUGGGCUAAACACGAAAGAAAUCGGUUUAAGCGACUUGCGUAAAAAAAUAUCCAUCAUCCCUCAAGAACCGGUUUUGUUUUCCGCCACGUUGAGAUAUAAUUUGGACCCCUUACAAGAAUAUAAGGAUGAACAGCUAUGGAGAGCUUUAGAAGAGGUCGAAUUAAAAGAUGCAGCAUCAUCCCUGGACUUCCAGGUAUCAGAGGGUGGUAGUAAUUUCAGUUUAGGUCAGAGACAGUUAAUUUGCCUAGCUAGAGCAAUUCUACGUAUGAAUAAAGUUCUUGUUCUUGACGAAGCCACUGCAAAUGUAGACCCACAGACGGAUUAUUUAAUUCAAAAAACAAUACGAACCAAAUUUGCAAAUUGUACAGUACUUACCAUAGCCCACAGACUUAACACUAUAAUGGAUUCCGAUAAAGUCUUGGUUAUGGAAUCAGGCACAAUGGUGGAAUUCGACCAUCCUCACUUGCUACUGCAAAAUCCCGAAGGGUACUUCCACAAAAUGGUUCUGGAAACUGGCCCCAGUAUGACUUCACAACUCAAAGAUGUAGCGCAAGAAGCUUACGAAAGUCGAAAUUGCGCAUAUUCAAAUCUUCUUGUUAUCUUAUGA